UUGCAUACUUCUUUCAGUCGCAGGACUCUGUUCGGCCCAUAUACCCGCGUCGGUCUCCUUCUCGACUCUUUCCAAAGGGAGACUCCGUUCAUUUAUGAUACAUUUCGUCCAGUCUUCCCGUUGCCAUCGGUCGUCAUACUCUAGCCAUGUUCUCGAUUGCGGCCACUAUCGCCCCGCGCCGGCCCGCGCUGCUCCCCCAGAGCCUUAUCUCGCGAGAUGACGCAUCCGAGAUCCUCGGCAGCAUCAGCAUGGCUGCCUUCCUGUGCCUCCUGCUGCCACAGCUCGCUGCGAACUACAAAUUGAAGAGCGCCGACAGCUUGUCGAUGGCCUUUCUCUUCAUUUGGCUCCUUGGCGAUGUGACCAAUCUGUUGGGGGGUCUAGCCAACCACAUUGCCCCAGCAAGCAUCGCGGUGACGGGCUACCUGUGCUUCUCGGACUCCACGCUCAUCUGCCAGUGUCUUUACUACAACUCCAAGCAACGGCUUCGUAGUUCUCAACGGUCAGGUCCGACGACACCACAGUCUCCGGAGUGUCAGCCGCUUCUCGGCCCUUCGUCCUCUUCCCGUGACAGAGGAGCACCUGACCACACUCAAGACGACGAAACUAGCAGCGGUUCGGUCGUCGCGCAUGAGGAAGGCAAGGAGAUCCCCGUGGAAGCCGUACGGACUCUUCACGACUGGCGAUUCAACUUGGCUUGCAUUUUGGCAGUACAGAUCCUCGGAAUCACCGGCUGGCUCGUACUCCGCACAUUGGGUCUACUUGGAAGCGACGAAUCUCCCGGAAGCGUGGGCGUCACCGACAUUAACGGCAUUUCUCAAUCUCUCGGCUCGGCUCUUGGCGUCAUCGGCGCCAUCUGCUAUCUCUGUGCCCGCAUUCCCCAGAUCAUCAAGAACUACCGAGGGAAAUCCUGCGAGGGUCUCGCGCCGUUGUUCUUGCUUUUGUCGAUCACCGGCAACUUGACCUACGGACUCAGCGUGAUUGCGUACAAGCAGGACAGAGACUAUCUUCUCGCAAGCCUGCCUUGGUUGAUGGGGUCGCUGGGGACGAUCGUCGAGGACUGUAUUAUCCUGCUGCAGGUUCACCUUUACUCGCGGUUGGAGAAGCAGCCCAGUCAGCCUGCGAGUAUCUGAAAAGGGACCUUGUUAAUGAUUACAUGACAUUGGGCAUCUGGUAUCUCAUCUAUGAUACAUUGGCGUUGGUAGACAGUUUCAACUGAGAAGCCUCAUUAUGUUUAGCCUCCCAGCACGUUGCCACGGCCGUUUAUUACACAGUCGGCCAUUCCUGCUCUUAAAUAUCCACCUAAUUAUGUACCAUCUAUGUCUCCCUCCGUCUGCAC